AAAAAUCUUCAGUCCCAUUGUAGACUUCGGACAGGUCGGUUGUACUCGGGGUUCAAGGAUAGCUUCCGGAAUAUCAGUUCAGUUAGAAAGUGUUGUUUGUUGGCAAACUGUUUCCAAGUGUGCUGACUAGCAGGUGUUGAGCGCCAUGGCUGGACCAUUUUUAUCGCCGUUGCCCGGUGAUCUGCUAACGGAGUACAUGUUUGGCCGGAGACGCCAGCGACGGAACAGGACCACGUUUACGCCCCAGCAGCUGCAGGAGCUGGAGACGUUGUUCCAGAAAACGCACUAUCCGGACGUUUUCCUGCGGGAAGAGGUGGCUUUGAGGAUUAGUCUCAGUGAGGCGCGAGUGCAGGUAUGGUUUCAGAACCGGCGGGCAAAGUGGAGGAAACAAGCUAGAUUGCAAUUGCUUCAGGAUGCUUGGCGAAUGCGUUGUUUGGGAAUCAGCUCUCCUCAACUUGUAGCUGAUCCCCAAAAUCCUGCAUCGGCCAACAACAACAAUCCUCCGAGCAAAAAACCAGACGAUGCCGAGUCUCCUCCCAAAGAGCCAGAAUUCACGCUGAUGCAUCCGGCCUUCCAGGGACCAAACGGUGGCACAAGCAAUGGCAAUAACAACAACAAUAACAACAACACUGGCAACUUCCCCGACCCCGCUAAAAGGAUGGAGGCCAGCGGAAACCCAAUGUACCACAAUGGAACUGUGCCGCCGCUGCGUGACGACCGGACACUGUACCACGCGAUGCAAAGUUCUGCCAAGAUUAUGAACCAUGCGGAGGACUCCAACAGCAGUGACCUCUCGGAUGGAUCGGAAGAGAUCGAUCUGACCACCAACGGCGGCUGCAUCGACUACUCCAGCAGUUCCAAACAAAACUGAACUCGAUGCGACGUUGAACUCGUUGUACAUACUGAUUCUCACGUAGUGGCACACAACACACAUGUAGACAAGGUUUAUAUCUGAAUUAAAUACAAACUAUCAUUCUUCAUUUAUUUCUGGCUGAACCUAG